AUGCCGCCAAAGAGGAAGACGCCAAGCCAGGCGGACGACGAGGUGCAGCCGCGCCGGUCCACGCGUCAACGCACGUCAACAGCACCGGCACCGGCAGCCACGCCAGAGAAGAAGCUCGCCCCCGUAAAGAAAUCAAAUAAGACAGGGGGCAAGGUGCAGUCGGCAGGAGGAUCCACGGCGGCCGGGCCCAAGACGGGUCCCAGUGGUGAGGAGGAGGAGCAGACAGACGGACAGGGCAGGCAGUAUUGGCUGAUGAAGGCGGAGCCCGAGACACGGUUCGAGAACGGGGUGGACGUGCGGUUCUCGAUCGACGACCUGGCUGCCAGGAGCGAGCCUGAGCCGUGGGAUGGAAUCAGGAACUAUGUUGCCCGCAACAACCUCCGCGCCAUGAAGAAGGGCGACCUCGCCUUCUUCUACCACUCCAACUGCAAGGAGCCGGGCAUCGUGGGGACGAUGGAGAUUGUGCAGGAGCACUCACCCGACCUCACCGCCCACGACCCAAAAUGCCCCUACUACGACCCAAAGUCCAAGCCGGACGACCCAAAGUGGAGCGUCGUGCACGUCGAGUUCCGCUCCAAGUUCCGCGUGCCCAUCGGGCUGAAGGAGUUGCGCGCCAUGGGCGGUGGCGACGGCCCGCUGCGGGACAUGCAGAUGCUCAAGCAGUCGCGGCUGAGCGUGAGCAGGGUGAGCGCCGAGGAGUGGGGGUGCCUGGUCGGUGUGGCGGAGGCCAAGGCCAGGGACAAGGCCGAGGCGGGUGCGUGA